ACUUCCUGUCUGCAAUGGCCUCGCGAUGUAAGGCAGGGCCCGUCUGGCGCUUCCAUUUGGGGAGGUAAUUACCACUUGACUGGACAAUGACUGGCCAUGCAGACUUGCAGUAAGUGGCAGCAACACCACUGACAUCAGCAAAAUGAAAUGUUUUGGAGUUAAGUCCAACAUGUGUCCCUGAGGAACUAAGUCCAGGAGUGCAGAUGAUGAGUCUGACUGGUGUAUUCUGACUUACUGCUGGUGAAAGAAGUGGCACCCCUCUACUAGUUAGUCACUGGAGCAAUCCAUAAAGGCAGGAAAUGGUUCCGUUUCUCCAGUGAGAAGUAUGGCAAACGAAGCUGUUGUCUGUAAAGCAGCAUCUAGAAUAGAUCUUCCCACAGCAUAAACACUGAGGAGGUGGUGGAAGAAUAAGAAACAAUAUGAAACCUCCACAGAGUAUCUGGCUUUUCAAGAACCUGCUUUCCAGUUGCUACUGUUAUGGUCAACUUCACAAUUCCCCUCUUCCUUCUGUCGCAAAGAAGAUAAGUUAUGUGAUGAGACUGCACAGCUGUGGAUUUUGGAGGCCGGAAUCUUUGUUGGACACGGAUAGAUUCACUCUGUCAUUUCAUGGUUGGCUUAGGAAGAAGCAUCAGGACUCUCGAGCGCUGUGGAAGCAUGAGGCUGUGCAGAAGUAUCUGGAAACUCUCAGCAAGGAAUAUCAGCAGGUUGAUCAUCUGCUAAAUGCUGAUUCAAAAAAUGAAUUUGAGCAAAGAACCCUGAGGAGAAGACGUGCUGACCUAUCCCCAGUUGCUACUGCAUUUCAAGAAAUCAGAGAGGCUGAAAGUGAGCUCCAGGAAUUAGAAACUAUGUGUAGAGAGCUAGACAGCAGAGAUGAGAAGCAACUUCUAGAGCUUGCCCUAGAAGAGAAGGAAACCCUUGAUAAAAAAAUCAACACGCUGUGCAGAAAGCUUUUCCAGCUCCUGGUGCCAAAGGAGAAGUAUGAUAAAAGUCAUGUUAUAUUAGAAGUGACAGCUGGCAGAACAACUGGAGGUGACAUCUGCCAACAGUUCACUAAAGAAAUGUUUGAGAUGUACCAGAACUAUGCAGACUAUAAAUGCUGGACCUUUGACAUUCUGAACUACGUGCCGGCUGAGAUAGGUGGGUUGCAUCAUGCAGCUGCUCAUAUUUCAGGAGAUGAUGUCUACAGGCAUCUGAAAUAUGAAGGAGGGACUCAUCGAGUCCAGCGAAUCCCUGAGACUGGACUGUCAUCGAGAAUGCAGCGUAUUCAUACGGGGACAAUGUCAGUUAUUGUGCUCCCUCAGCCAGAGGAGGUUGAUGUUAAAGUGGAUCCCAAAGAUCUGCGUAUAGACACAUUCCGGGCCAAAGGAGCAGGAGGGCAACACGUCAACAAAACUGAUAGCGCUGUGAGGAUUGUACAUCUUCCCACAGGGGUGGUAGUUGAGUGCCAGCAGGAGCGAUCGCAGCAGAUGAACAAGGAAAUAGCUCUGCGGACGCUGAGAGCUAAGCUGUACCAGCAGAUCAUUGAAAAACAACUGAGUCAAGAGCAGAGCGCCAGGAAACUGCAGUUGGGAACAAGGGCCCAGUCAGAGAGAAUUCGUACUUACAACUUCACCCAGGACAGAGUCACUGACCACAGGAUCUCAUAUGAUGCACGCAAUAUCAAGGAAAUUCUGAGUGGGAAAGAAGAACUGGAUAAGCUAAUAAACAGGCUGCUGGAGUUUGCGGAGAUGGAGGCUCUCACAGAGUAUCUGGAAAACCUGCAAUCUGUAGGAGGAGAAGGCUGCUGAAGACCUUGUGUGGAGCUAAGGCAGAACUAGGUUUGUAACUAAAUAAAAUGGACACACUUGUUGGAUGACAGAUUGAUUAAAAUCUAUGCCUCUGUUUUUCAA